AUGACUCUCUGGAACCCCAAUCCCUACGAGAGCGGUGAGGAGGAAGAGGAGGGAUCUAUCUGGGAAGAAAGAGAGACCAAGCAUCAGAUUAGGAAAUUGGCUCCAAACCAGAAAGUACCGGAAGGAAUGGCAUCACAGAAGAUGAUACUCAACAGAAUCUGCAGAGGCAGGAACAUUUUCCAGGGUACUCAUUUUGGAGACCUUUGUAAAUGCAAGGACAGGUUUGGAAGGCAUCAAGGAAAUUCAGAAGAAGGAAAAGAACACAGAUGUGAUCACUGUGGGAAAAGCUUCAUGCACAGCAUCAGUCUUAUUGGACAUCAGAGAAUCCACACAGGGGAAAAACCCUUUCAGUGUAAAGAGUGUGGGAGAGCCUUCAGUCAAAACACAACCCUUUUUAAACACCUUAUAAUUCAUACUGGUGAAAAACCUUAUCAGUGUAAUCAGUGUGGUAAAAGUUUUAUUCGAGACUCAGUCCUUAUUAAACAUCAGAGAAAUCGCACUGGGGAGGGACCUUUUGAGUGUAAUGAAUGUGGUAAAACCUUCAGUAACAGCACAGAUUUGCAGCAUCAGAGAUACCAUACCUUAAUAAAAUGUUACCAGUGCAAUGUCUGUGGGAAGGCUUUCAGGGAAAGUUCAAACCUCACUAAACAUCAGCGAAUUCAUACAGAAGAGAAACCCUAUGAAUGUGAUGAAUGUGGAAAAGCCUUCAGUGGAAGUUCUGAGCUUACUAGACAUCACAGAAUCCACACGGGGGAGAAGCGCUAUGAAUGUGACGAGUGUGGGAAGGCCUUCCGUCUGAGCUCACAUCUCACUCAACACCAGAGAAUCCACAGCAAAGAAAAGCCCUACAUGUGUAAUAAAUGUGGAAGAUCCUUCAAACAGAAGUCAGGUCUCUUUCAACACAAAAAAUCCCACAACUAA